CUCAAUAGAAACCAUAUGGAAGAUUUUGUGAUGACCCACAGAGUAAAGCUGUUUGUGAUUAUCUGUGGAUCAGAGUGCAGCAGGCUGGAUGUGACGAUGGGGCACUCUUUGCUCUGCAUGAUGGGCUUUUUCUUGCUCAGUACUGUCAUCUGUGGAAAUGCUGAGGUUCCCGUUAAGCCCACUGUGACCCUGCAGCCAUCCUGGCCUCAGAUAUACAGCGGUGAGACAGUCACUGUCAGGUGUGAGAUUCAGGGAAGUGAAGGAACUCAGUGGACAUAUGAAUGGAGACGAGACCAAGUAAACAUAAGUGAAACAUCCAAUGAAUACAGAAUCAUCACAGUUACUGAGUCUGACAGUGGAGGAUACAGCUGCCGGGGCAGAAGGGACUAUUUGUUAACAGAGUGGAGUGAUACCAUCACACUGACUGUAUCAUAUAAACCCCGUCCUGUCCUCACUGUGUCUCCAUCAUGGCUGAGUCCUGGAGCCUCAGUAACUCUGAACUGUGAGGUUGAACACCCGUCUGCAGGAUGGAGCUUCUACUGGUAUAAAGCUGUUCCUGAUCUAUCAGAGAAAUCCUCCAGUUAUGAGCUGCUACCUGAUGGCAGUGGGACUGCACAGGACUCCUACAUCAUUCAUGGACAGACACACACAGCAGGAUAUGUGUGCAGAGCUGGAAGAGGAGACCCAGAGUAUCACACUGAUCACAGUCAACCAAAGUUUGUCUGGUCUGCAGAUGUUCAUUCAGCAGCGUCUCUCACAGUGAGUCCUGACAGAGUGCAACACUUCACCUCUGACUCUGUCUCACUGACCUGUGAGGGAAACUUCAAUCUGUGGAGAGUGAGGAAGUUCUCUGAGGACGGCCGACUCUCUGACUGUAGGAGAAUGACUGGAUCCACAUGUAACAUCUACACAUCAAAGUCAGAUACUGGAGUGUACUGGUGUGAGUCCAGAUCAGGAGAGUUCAGCAGUGCAGUCAACAUCACUGUACAGAAACAUUUUUCUAUCCUGGUGAGUCCUGUUCAUCCUGUGACUGAGGGAGCUUCUGUUAGUCUGAGCUGCAGUUUGAGAACACAAAAAAUACUUUCCAAUGUGUUUUUCUAUCACAAUGACAAACUUAUUCAAAAUGAUACCCGAGGGGAGCUGAAGAUCUCUGCAGUGUCAAAGUCUGAUGAAGGUUUCUACAAGUGUCAGUACUCAGGAAGAGAGUCAGCACAGAGCUGGAUGUCAGUUAAAGUAACUGUGUCAGGAGCUGACAGCUCUUCAUCUCCUGUGUGGUUGAUGGUUGGACUGGUUUGUGGAGUCUCUCUCAUUAUUAUUCUCCUGCUCUUGUUGUAUCGCUGCAGACAGUCCAAGUAUUCCUGCUUCACCAGGUCGAUCCAGUCUGAGAGUCACAGUCCGGGCUCCUCCACAAAUCAUGGAGUCAACCAGGAUGAAACUCAUGAGUACAACUCUCUUCAACAUGGUUCAGAUGAACAUGACGACGUCACCUCCUCUGUUAUUGAGUUUAAAGAUCUUAGAACUAAGAAUACAGAGUCUGUCUGCGCCUUCUACACAAAGCCUAUAAGGAAGCCACAGGUGGGACAGGCAUGAGGGGCAGCCAGUGACCCCUCACACACGUCCUUAUGCUGAUAUCCAGGCAGGUUCUCAGUGUUUGUAGCUGCUGAUUUAUGCAGCAAGCAUUUCCACAGUCCUCUGCUGCAGAUUAUAGAAACCCUUUUUUUCUCA